ACGACAUUAGUCGCGUUUCCAUCGACCCACAGCAAGCACACACAGUCGCAAUGUUGGGUGAUCUAGUGGAUUUCUUGGGCAAAUCCCCACCCGAUCCGGUGCGCCUGCCACUCCUGGCCAGCCACAGGCCCGUCCUGAUGAUUUUGGCCAUCUACCUGCUGUUCGUUAAGAUAGUGGGUCCCAAGGUCAUGCAGCAUCGAAAGCCCUUUGACCUGCGGCGCUUGAUAAAAGUCUACAACGUCAUGCAGAUCCUGUACAAUGUCAUCAUGUCCUUUUUCGCUGUCCACUUUAUGCUCGGACCCGGAGAUUUUAACUUCAAGUGCAUCAAGAACCUGCCGCCGGAUCAUGAGUACAAGACCUGGGAGCGCUGGCUCACCUACUCGUACUUCUUCAACAAGCUGCUCGAUCUGCUGGAGACGGUCUUCUUUGUGCUGCGCAAGAAGGAUCGCCAGAUAUCCUUCCUGCACGUCUUCCAUCACAUGUACAUGCUGUACUUCAGCUUCAUGUAUCUGUACUACUACGGAUACGGUGGGCAUGGCUUCUUCAUGUGCUUCUUCAACGUCGUCGUGCACAUCAUGAUGUACAGCUACUACUAUCAGUCGUCGCUCGAUCGCGAUUCGAAGGGCGAUCUGUGGUGGAAGAAGUACAUCACCAUCGUCCAGCUCAUCCAGUUCGGCAUCGUUCUGGCCCACAGUAUCUACACCCUAAAGCAACCCGACUGUCCAUCUGCCCGCUUCUCGGCGACCUGUGCCGGCAGCAUCUCCGUUGUGUUCAUCAUCUUGUUUAGUAACUUCUAUUUCCAUGCCUACAUCCGACCCAAGAAGAGCAAACAAAAAGCCAUCUGAGCUAGAGCCAGUCAUCGAAUGUGUUCUGUGAAGCAUUUAGACCUCUUUAGAUAUUCCUAUUAUAAUUUAAGAACUCAAUAAAACACAUAAGAAUAUA